GCAGUGCUGAUCAAAGGAAUGUGCACAUAUAGACAUGUAUAUGUAUGCGUUGAUCAUGGAAUUUUGUGGAAGUUUUUCUAUUUUUUAACGCACGAUUGCAAAGAAUGUCGGAGGUCGGAAAGCAACUAUCUCAAAGCGAGACAGUUUUGUUCGAGUGGGGGAAAUCGAUAGUAAAAUGUGAGUUCAAAGCGCGAGGAAGAGAGUACACAAACGUGGGUUAGUUACGUUUUCUCAAGUGCAGUCUGACUCGAUAUUCUUUGUAUGUACCAUUACGGAUCGCCGGUGAUAGCGACAACGUUGAUCACCAAGACAAUAAUGUCGGAGUGUCGUCAAAAUCCUACGACCGCGUUCGCUCGAUGAGAAUUCAACGGAUCUCGCGUGCGAGAGAGUUUUUUACGCCAAAUGUCGAGCCGUAAUAAUUGCGUGCGAUAUUGUGUGAGAAAAUGCUGAGGGUGCCUGUCAACUCUUGACAGCUCGAGGUUCGAGGCGAGGCGAGGUACGCGUCAACGAGACCGUCGGAAGUCGUAUCCACGUUCUUCGAAAAUGAUCGCUCAUCGUCGACUGGUGCGCGUUCUCGGCGUGCUGCUACUUUGCUUAUCGGUGCAACUCGACUACACGCACUCAACCCACAUCACCGGCACAUUCAACACAAGAGAGUUCUUCCGAUUUCUAAUCAAAUUCGGCUUCCAGAAGACCGAUCGACAUCGACAGAAGGACUCGUAUGGUUACAUAUUCGGUAACGUGACCUCGAAAUCGAACUUCGAAAUGCCGAUCACUCUGGCGAUAUUGGAUCGUGGUCAUUUUCUAGAGUACUACGGCAAUCGCACACUCAGAGACAAGAGCACCGCGUGCGCAUAUAUGUUUAACACGUUGAAAAAGAGUUCCUACGAUCCUCAUUGCAAUGAAGAAGGUCAAGACUUCUUGAGGCGAGUCCCAUGUCCUCAAGACAAAGUGUGUCCGGAUGAAGAUUCUGUAUGGAAUAUCGUUAAGGGACAUCAAUUCACAUAUGUUAUACAGGAUUUCUGGCAGCCACGAUUUUGGUACAUGAGUCUGGUUGCGUGCUACAGAAACAGGACAACUUGCCAAUGGGAGCAUUAUAACAAGGAAGACGAGUUGGAGUAUGAUAUCUGGCUAGUGAAUGGCAAUCCAAACAUCAGUGGCCUAAAUACUUUGACUUACCAGUUCUCCUAUGACAGACAGAAUACCAUCGAACUGUACUUAUUGUUUUUCAUGUGUUACAUCAUACUGGUGCCACUGCAAUUAUAUGCAGUAAGAUUGCAAAAGCAUCCUGUAACAAGAUUGUUCACAGCUAGUUUAUUAUUAGAAUUCAUGGCAAUAUGUUUAAUCUUGAUACACGUGUUGAAAUUUGCACUAGAUGGAGUGGGCUACGAGCAAUUAGAAAUUGCAGGUGAUAUUGUUGAUAUCUUGUCAAGGACAUCGUUUAUGUUAUUAUUGCUCUUACUUGCCAAAGGAUGGGCAGUAACAAGAAUGGAAUUAACAUGGAAACCACUGGUGUUUGCUAUAUGGUUCUGUUACGGAGUUGUCCACAUCUUAUUAUAUGUCUGGAACAUGACGGAAGUUGAUAUCAUCGAAGAUAUAGACGAAUAUCAGACUUGGCCGGGAUGGUUCAUAUUGUUAUUUCGAAGUGCCAUAAUGGUAUGGUUUUUAUAUGAACUUCGGAACACCAUGACAUAUGAACAUAAUACUCAAAAAUUGAACUUUCUCCUUCACUUUGGAGCAUCAUCGUUAGUUUGGUUCAUAUAUUUACCGAUUAUAGCACUUAUAGCGCUUCAAGUGAGUGCGCUAUGGAGAUUUAAAUUAUUAUUAGGUAUAACGUACUCAGCGGACUGUUUUGCUUAUUGCGUAAUGGCACAUUUAUUAUGGCCCACCAGAAGCGAACAAUACUUUUUACUUGCGCAAGGUGCGGACAACGGUGAUGAACUCGAUGAAUUUAACGAAGCACCGCAUGUAUUAAAUAAUUAUGUAGAGCCACCAGAACUCAGUAAAAUUAUCACUUAAUACUCGUCCGUUGGUAGGCCAUGAUGUUGAACUGAUAAAUGAUGUUUUUAACACUCAAAUGACGUGAUGUACAUUUGCCAAAUGGUCAAUCUAAUAGUAUGAAUAACACUUUGACGUACUGAACUGAAAUAUUAUGCACAUCUUAUGAUCACAGACACAUCAGUUAUCACAAAUUCGGCCAUUUGUGAUAAAAAGUUUAUAAAUAACACAACAGAAAAGUAAUUUGUGUGUGAAUAUGAUAUGAGUAUAUGUUACAGAUACAUAAGUAUAAAAUUUCUACUUCAUAUAUACAAGUAAUGUAACAAUAUUAUUUUCUUAACACUAUAUAUAUAUAUGAAAGAUACAACAACGUUAGCAUAAAACGAUACGUAACGUAAACAUUAAUUUUUGCCUCAAUAAUACAUAUUUUUAUAUAUAUAUUAUUGUUAAUACUUUAAAUAAAAACUUAA